UGAAGCACUAGUGAACAGAAUAUAGAGGAGGGGUGUUGUCAAAGUUUUGUCUGAGGUGGCUGUUUCCAUGGACUCUACUGGACUGUUCUUCAGAACUCAACAUUAAGUGGAUUGACAAGCUUUUGGGACAACAAGAUUGUUUAAACAUAAAUCUAGAGGAACUGAGACUGAGGUGUAAUUUGACACAUCUAAGGAUAUCUUGCCUUUUGGAUACUGGAUCACUCAGAUUCAACUCUGUGACAAUGCCUGUGAUUGUACUGGAGGCCAAAGACUUCACCAGUCCUCUUUUUGUGGUGCGGACAUGGGAAGUCUUAUCCAGUUGUACCACCUUCAGUCUCGUGGCUUCGCUGGACUCUUCGGAGUUAAACAAAAAUCUGUCUUACCUAAACACAUUCAGGAUCUUCUGCAUGUUUACCUGGUGCUUCUUCUUCACCCUCACUCUCCUCAUCCACAUCCUCAGCGUCAUCCAGUUUCACAGCCUCAUCCCUAUAUCAUGGAAGAACCUGACUAUGACAGUGGCAGUGUUGGGUGCUCUGAUGUGUCUCAGCACCUCUGUAGUUUUCCCUUGGAUCAUCAUGGAUCACCAAAAGCUGUCGACACACACUGUGGCAGCUGCAGUGCUCUCCUGUCUCACCUUCUUGGCCUACACUUCAGAGUCCUACGUUCUUCGCACCCAGGCCCAUGAACAAAGAGGGUACAUGGGCAGCAUGCCUGGUCUCCUCAAGAUACUCCAACUGUGGGGAGGCUGUCAGAUGAUACCCCUGGUUAUGGAUGUGGUCUGUGGACCGCCUAGCGGAGUACACUGUUGGCAGCGAUGGGUUUCCUGCAUGUCAUACGGUGUUUGUAUCUUCAUGUCUCUAGUCACACUGGUGGUAAUAUUAGGUGACUUUGCUGGGCGAUGUCUCCUACCUUUUGACAGAUUUUUGGCUGGCUUCAGUCUGAUUGGGGUGUUGUUUUACAUGGUGGCCACAGUGAUUUGUUUUACCAAGAUUCUGCAGCUGAGAGACAUCAGACACAGCAUUCCCAACAAAGGUGUAGAGCUGAUUAUUGCAGAAACAGUUGUUGCCAGUAUCACACUUUUAGCUUAUACAGUGGACCUUGCCUUCUCAAUUAAACUGUUGUGUGACAGGAGUCAUGCAUGAAAUAACACAUCACAUUAAACGAAUUAUGUGUGUGAAGUGUAUAUGUAUAGUCCUGAAAAUUUUAGGAGAAAAUCAUGUCUUUGGCAAAUAUGUAAAUUCAAACUGAAUAGAUGUUUUUGCUGUUAAUCAUUGCUGUGUAAUCAAACUUUCUCUCUCUCCUAUAUAAGUUGUUUAAAUAUUAAACUUGAAGCCAGAAAAAUGUAUGCAACUGAUCACCUUGAUCGCACUGUAUUGCGGUUUUACUGACAUGUGAAAGUAUGUAUGACAUUUACAGACCUAUUCACUAUGACUCACGUAUUGAACAAGCACUAGACCUGAGUUAUGUGACAGGUGCACUGACUCAUAAGCACACAUCAUCGUUUAGGGACGUAAUAACGUGGUGUGAAAACUGUAGUGGUAGCUGAACAGCAGCCAUCACUGAUACAAACUCAAUUACAAACUGUGAGCAUAUCAUUUUGAAUAUAAGGUCUACAAAAGUGAAGAAAAUUUAUAUCA